AUGGGGCUGUCCGCCCUCCCCUCGCCAUCCACCUCCAUAUCCUCCCGCAGGCUCACCAACCGGAUGACGAACCGGUACUCCGUCAAUGCGAUGUACUCGCUCGCGGCCGAGCAGGACAUUGACAUCGAGGACGACCUCGCCCGCGCUCAGAAGCGGCUGCGUGACCUCAAAUCGCGGAUAUCGGCGCAGUCGAAGAAGAACUUCGUCCUGGAGCGGGACGUCCGGUAUCUCGACUCGCGGAUUGCUCUGCUCAUUCAGAACAAGAUUGCAGCGGAGGAGAAGAAGGAGGUGGCGGAUGCGCUGGAGGAUAUAGUCGAGGAUGACGGGUCGCACAUGGACGAGAAGAGGAUGGGCAUGUACUCGAACCUCUUCUUCCUGCUCCAAAGCGAGCCGAGGCAUGUCGCCAGCUUGUGCAGGCUAGUCAGUCUGGCGGAAAUAGAUACGCUGCUGCAGAGUGUCAUGUUCACGCUGUUUGGAAAUCAGUAUGAGCAGCGGGAGGAGCACCUGCUGUUGACCAUGUUCCAGUCCGUCCUUUCUGCCCAAUUCGAGACCACCUCCGAGUUCGGCUCUCUUCUUCGCGCCAACACGCCCGUAUCGCGGAUGAUGACCACAUACACUCGGAGAGGACCUGGACAGAGCUAUCUGAAAGGUGUGCUGGCGGAACGGAUCAACAGCCUCAUUGAGCACAAGGACUUGAAUUUGGAGAUCAACCCGUUGAAGGUGUAUGAGCAGAUGGUGCUCCAGAUCGAAGAGGACACCGGCGCCCUUCCAGCAUCGUUACCACGCGGAGUUGCUCCCGAAGCGGCAGCCAACAACGCCGACGUCCAGGCCAUCAUCGUACCUCGUCUUACUAUGCUCAUGGAGAUCGCCAACACCUUCCUCAGCACGAUUAUCGAUAGUAUGGAGAGCGUACCAUAUGGUAUCAGGUGGAUCUGCAAGCAAAUCAGGAGUUUGACCAGGCGGAAAUACCCUGAUGCUUCGGACGCGUCGAUAUGCUCUCUUAUUGGCGGGUUCUUCUUCCUUCGGUUCAUCAACCCCGCAAUUGUCACUCCCCAGGCGUACAUGCUGGUUGAUGGCGUACCGGCCAAGCACCCCAGGCGGACCCUCACCCUGAUCGCCAAGAUGCUUCAGAACCUCGCAAACAAGCCUUCGUAUGCCAAGGAGCAGUAUAUGAUGUCGCUCAACCCAUUCGUCGAGACCAACAAGGUCCGGAUGAACCAGUUCUUGAACAACUUGUGCGAGGUCGGAGACUUCUACGAGUCGCUCGAGCUCGACCAGUACAUGGCGCUAUCCAAGAAGGACCUGUCCAUCAAUAUCACUCUGAACGAGCUGUACAAUACGCACGGACUGCUGGUGCAGCAUGCUGAAGUACUGUCGCCAAGCGACAAGGCUCACCUGCGCACUCUUCUUGACGACCUCGGACCCGCCCCUGCCCAAGUUCCUCGGAAAGAGAACCGCUCGAUGGAGCUCCCGCUCUACUCGCGCUGGGAAACGCCCAUCCAGGAGCUUUCAACCGCUCUCAUGUCAGAUAGCGUUACGCAGAACGACAUCAACUACAUGGAGGCCAAAUCUAUCUUUGUCCAACUCCUCCGUUCCAUCCCCUCCAUCGCCGCCAAACGACCCAUCGAUCUUCCCGCUCUCGCCGAGCGCGCCGCAACCUCCAAAGACCCCGUGCUCGUUCGCCGAGGGAUCAAGGUUCAGAACCUCUUAUCCGAGCUGGACAUCGCAGGUGUCAUUGACAAGGCGGACGACUACAAAAUUAUGCAGGACGAGGUGGCGGCGGAGAUGGUUCAUCUGGGCAAUACCAAGGAGAAGGUCGUGCUGGAGACGAGAUCGCUCGAGGCGGUAUACAAGACCAUCUGCGACCACAACAACUACCUUCGGUCUCAGCUCGAGCAGUACAAGGCGUACCUCCAGAAUGUCCGGCUGGUGACUACCAAGGAGAAGGGAGCGGGGUCGGGCGGUGUAGGGGUGGUGACGGUGAAUGGAAAGGAGAAGAAGCAGAUCAAGACGACUGUGCUGGGACCAUACAGGUUCACUCACAGCCAGUUUGAGAAGGAGGGGAUCAUCAUGGAUAGUAAUGUGCCCGACAAUAGGCGUAUCAACAUCUACUUCAACCUCACUUCGCCCGCUCCCGGAACUUUCAUCAUCGCUCUGCAUUUCAAGGGGAGAGAAAAGCCGAUCUUGGAGAUGGAUCUGAAGACCGAUGACCUGCUCGAGAAGCAAAAAGAUAACCAGGCGUCAUUAGAUCUGGAAUACGUCCAGCUCAAUGUCGGCAAGAUCUUGGCGUUGUUCAAUAAGCUCUUCUCUAAGCGGAGAUGA